AUGAAGAGUGUCUCCGAUUCAGCUUUGGUCGCUGGACACACAUGGUGCGAGAAUUCGCCAAAACCACUACAAAUGCAUGAAAGAAGGAGACUCCCACCAACGCCAGGUGGAGGCCGGAGAGAGCUCCUCCCAUUGAACAGCAUAGACCUCCAAAGGAAUGCAUGGUUUGAACAAAAAGAUCGUGAGCAAACACUAGAAGAGAAAAGGCUCCGAAACCUUUUGAAAGAGAGGAAAGAGAAGCUUGCAUACAUGGAGAAGGAUCUAUUUAAGUGGAAGUGCAACGCUGAUUGGCUUUUGGAAAGGGAUAAAGUAGGGGAUUCACGCUUAAAACAACUGGAAGACGAGCAGAAAUUGCGUCAGAAAGAAAUGGAAUCCUUCCUCGAAUGUAUGCGAAAGCAUUUGGAAGAGAUGAUGAUCCUCGUUGAAUCUUCUCAAAAAGAUGAAAGUGUUGAGUUCGACGCAACAACACCAGCCCUCUAA